AUGCGGCCAGACGAGGGAGCGGUCAAUUUGAUGUUAGUCUUGUCGUGUCUUGCUUUUGGUGCCUCAUCCUUCUUGUUCGGCUAUGAUGAUAGAGUUAUCUCACCUGUGGCUGCAACACCAGCCUUUGUGAGGUUACUUCAAGGCUAUGCCGGCCCUAGCAACGAAAACCUUUCCCUGACAGCACGCAAUCAGGAUCUGGUUUUCUCUGUCCCUCUAGUUGGAUCAGUCAUUGGUGGCCUCGCCACAACACUCUUGACCAAUCGCUUUGGCCGGAAGUGGACACUUAUUGGGUCAUACGUCUUCUCACUAUUGGGAGCCUUCUUACAAGUCUUUGCACCAAACUUGACAGCCUUCGUCAUCGGACGUUUCUGCAGUGCCUUUGUUAUUGGAAUUGCACACACUAUCGCACCACUAUAUCUUUGCGAAGUUGUGCCUGCAUCAAUGAGAGGUCGGAGCGUGCAGAUCUACAACAUUCUCAAUAUAUUUUCUGGUGUCAUUGCUACUAUUGUCUCAAACGCCACCCACGCGAUCGAUGGACCUAAGGCUUAUCAAAUUCCCCUGUCCAUCGAAGCUGGUCUUCCUGCGUUGCUGUUUGUCUUGACUCUUGGUAUUCCUGAGAGCCCUCAAUGGCUCGUGUCCAAGGGUCGAAUGGGGGAGGCUAAGAAGAACUUGCGACGGCUGCGUGGCUUUUCUGACUUCCAGUUAGAGGAUGAGUUCCGCGUUAUUGUUCUCUGUGAGGAAAAUGAACGCGAGCUGACAUCGAACGUGCAUUUCUGGGACCUUUUCAAUCGGGAGAACUUUAAGAGGACAAUCACCGCUGGGUCGUUCUAUUCGCUUAACCAGGUCUCGGGCGUGAUUCUAUCGACCACAUAUACUACCGUCUUCCUCAGCCAGUUGGGCGUGGGUAAUGCGUUUGUGCUUACGAUUAUAGCUUCUCUCUGUAAUCUGGCCGGAGCUGUCGUUGCGCCCAUGGUUCUCGACCUUUACGGGCGCCGCCCAACAGCAUUGUGGGGGAUGAUGUUUCUCUUCUGCCUCGAUGCCGUAGCUGGAGCACUGGCAUUCUUUCCCGAUAACAGAAACGCCCUGUUGACAAUUGCCGCGUUGGGAUUCAUCUUCAACUUUGUCUGGGCAUUAUCCUUUCUCUCUGUCUCAGUGCUGCUUCCGCCUGAGAUCUCAACGCCGAAGCUGCGGUCUCACACAAUGGCUUAUACCGUGGCAUGUUGUCAGACAACAGCUGUCAUCACAACUUUCGCCGUGCCUCAGCUAACAUCAGCCGAUGCAGCUAACCUUGGCGCUAAGACCUAUCUUGUCUUCGCUGGCUGUAUGGCCUGUGUGAUUGUCUGGAGUUACAUGCUUAUGCCUGAAACUAAAGGCCGAACUUAUGCAGAAAUUGAUGAAAUGUACGACAAGAAGGUACCUAUGCGAAAUUGGAGUAAAUAUGAGACCUCAACUGAAGCAAAGCAAAGCAACCUAAAGGCCGGAAAUACUCUGAGAAAGCGUAUAAAUAACGAAGUAUAA